UCUAGCCACGUAAAUGCUCAUACUGAUCCAGAAUCAGGUCAGCACAUAAUAACAGCACACAUUCACAAAGGCUUCUGUAAAGUGUAUAAAUAGUAAAUUACUUGUUAAAGAUCCUCUGCAUGUCAUCUGCCAGACAACAGGCGUAGAGGAUAUUCACUUGAGUUACUACAUGACCUUCCAGCACCUGAUCUUCAUUUGUGUUCCAAAGAUUAAUGAAUGUCUUUAUGGGUUUUGAAUGACAUGAAGGAUUUGAAACCCUCUUCAACCAGCUGAAAAUAUGGUUUCCUUCACCAAACUGAGAUCUCCGUACAUCACAGCGCUCUUCUGUUUUAGCAUCUUUGUUCUUAUGUUCCUCCAAAACGCGGUGAUCUAUACUGUACUCAAAACAUCUGUUGAUUCCACCAAAGGAGGUUUGUGCGCUUGUGAUAAAUGUGUCCGGGAUCUGAGUGAUGAUGACUGGUUCUUCACGCGGUUCAACCCCACAGUUCCACCUCUGAUGAACAAGAGAAACAGUGUGUUGAGGACAGAUGUCUACAGAUGGUGGAAGGGUCUACAAUCUGAAUCCUCUAAAGUCAACUACACAGAUGUGGUGGACACAUUGUUUUCUCUCUUUCCCGAUGAAGAACACUACUCAGACGCUGGUCCAGAUCGCUGCAGAACCUGUGCUGUGGUGGGAAACUCUGGGAACCUCCUCGGAUCCCACUAUGGUCAACUAAUAGACAGCCAUGACUUUGUCAUAAGGAUAAAUAAAGGUCCGACAAAGGGUUUUGAGAAUGAUGUGGGAUCGAAGACCACUCACCGGAUUCUGUAUCCCGAGAGCGCUGUGGAUGUGGAUAACUCCACCCAUCUGGUGCUUCUGCCCUUUAAGAUUACAGACAUGCGCUGGCUCAUCAGUGUCUUCACCACUAGACACAUCACAAGCACUUAUAUUAGAGUGAGACCUACAGUAAAUGCAGACAGAGACAAGGUAAUGAUCAUCCAUCCUGCAUUCAUGAAAUAUGUCUAUGAGAGCUGGCUAGAGAAACAUGGCAAAUAUCCUUCUACUGGCUUCCUUACAUUAAUAUUCGCCCUGCACAUCUGUGAUCAGGUUAAUGUUUUUGGGUUUGGAGCAAAUAGUGACGGACACUGGCAUCACUAUUUUGACAGAAGUUUGACUCACUUCAGCAGAGGUGUUCAUGGUGGAGACUUUGAAAAUAAAACCAUAAAUGAGCUUCUGCUGAUAAACAAGAUUUCUAUGCAUAAACGGUGGUAAUGAUGGCAUUUUUGUCAGUAUUUUUUUUAGUAUUAUCUCAGUAUUAGACUGUAUUUUGAAAACAGAAUUAUUUAUGUGAAUAUUGAUUAUUUACCUGUAUUCAACCAGGAAUAUCAAUUAAGAACUAGUUUCUUAUUUUCAAAGGCCUGGCAAGAGCAUAUUGUUCUUAUUAAUGGAGACAGUGGAACAAUUAGAAAUGAUUAAAAUAAAUACAAUACAUUACAUCAGAAGGUAAAUAAAAAGGAUGGUAUAUUUUCCCAACAAAACUGUUUUACGUGUACAUGCAUCCUUUAAUACGAUUCUGUAAAGUUAUGCAUUUCUUAAAGUAUUAAAUUUUCACCUUUUUUUCUA